AUGAGGACCCUCCUGGUGGUGUUGCUGCUGGCUGCUGGGUGUGCUUCUCUGGCCCGGGCCCUGUUCUGCCAUGUGUGCUGUGGGCCCGAGAACUGCGAGUCUCUCGUGGAGUGCGCCUUGACGGACAAGUUCUGUGUGAUCACUCGGUCCACCAGCCCUGGCGGAAUCCUGGUCAUGAAGUCCUGCGCGCCAACCUGCCCCAACAGCACCGUGUCUUCCGAUGGCCGUGCCCUCUCUGUCUUCUGCUGUGAGGGUAGCCAGUGCAACCGCAGCGCUGCCUCAGACCUGACCAGCAGCCUUGGGGCCCUCUGGGCCAGCGCCUCUGUCAGUCUACUGUGGGUACUGCUUCGAGCUGCCUGGUGAGGGCCUGGGUGGCCUUUCUCUAUCAUCGGGGUCUGUUUGCAGCCUCAGAAGCAUCCUACACCCACCCAGCCAGGCUGUUAAUCUCUCUCUCCAUUUCCUCCAAGACACACUCAGUCUUCCCUUCUCUCGCAGAAAGGAAAUAGCAGCACCUGCCCCGAAAGGUCCCAGCUCCCCUCCUGCCUCAGGGAAUCCUCUAACAGGGCACAUGAACACACCUCCCCAAGAACCCCCACUUCUAUGAGACCUCAGACCUUCGCUGAGUCCUGGGAGUUCCUAGCAAUCCUCAAUGUGAAGAGCUGCUGUCUCUCCCAAUGCCCUCCACCCUCAUUUCAGGAGCAUUCAACGGACAUUAGGCUUGGCAUUUGUACUACCCUCUCCGUGACUGACCCACUACAUGGCCAUCUGAACCCCUGGGCCUCUUCUAUGCAUGGAGUAACUGGUGUGGUGACGUGAUUGUAUCCACCCAUCCAUGCACGCAUACACCCAUUCCACCCAUCCAUCCCUUUAUCUAUCCACACAUCCAUUGAUGCUUGCAUGCAUACACCCAUGCAUCUAGUUGCACAGACCCAUCAGAGUCUGCCUAAUAGGGCCUUUCGGGGUCUUCAUCUGGCCAAGUUCUCCAGCCUAGGGACCCUACUAGUUCCUGUCCAACUGAACACAAACUUUUAAAAGGUCCCCUGACUGCCCUCUGGGGGCGGGGAUGGAGGAGGCUGGUCACCUAUGGCUUGGUGUCAGGCAUUGGAAUAGGUGCCCGUCCUCUCUGGGCAUUGGGAAAUUGCUUUGUCUCCCUGGAAGCACCGUUUUGUCAGCCCUUCCCUGAUGCUGUCCUAAAAGAAAAAUAAAAGAGUAAGUCUG